AUGAAGAUUAAUAAAGGUCUUUUGUUUAUAUUCCACAUCCUAAUUUUAUUCUAUGAAAUUUAUAUGGUUUUAUCAAAUAGUGCAAGAAAGGAUGAAAUGAAUAUUAUGGAUUUUUUUCCUAGUAAUUCUUUAUUGUAUCCAUUGGAUUUUCAAAAGAAUUGGCAAGCAUCAGAACCUAUCCCAUUAAAUAUACAUUAUAGUGUUCCAGCAUAUGGGGAUAAGGAUAUGCUUAAUUCUUUAGAGUAUCAUAAUGAUUUAGAAAUAUAUAAUAAUGAAAAAGAGGAAAUCAAACGAAGAAUUAUAAGCGAACAGAAAAGGAUGGAGGAUAACCUAUGGAAUAAAAUUCAACUUUUGAAAUUAAAACAAAAGAGAAUUGAGAACCAGAAUUAUUUAAGAUAA